ACUAUUUUACCUUGAAUAUUAUGAGGCUUCAUUAUUGAACUAUGACUAUAUUAUCAAAACAAAGUUUAAAACAUUAAAAUAUUUGUCAUAAACGUAUAGUGGUGUAAUUAGGAAAAAAUACGAAGCAAAAUAACUGUCCCGUCGUGAACAAAAUAUUUUAACGUUUUUCUUUUCUUUAUUUUUUCAGUUAAGUUGCAGCUGCGUUAUUAUAAUAUACAAUGUCUGCCAAGUUGGAAUUUGCGGUCCAAAUGACGUGUACUUCUUGUGUUGAGAAAAUUCAUGAAAAACUUUGUCAAAUUGGAGUACCAAAGAGUGACAUACAAGUGUCAUUAGAUACGGGUAUAGUCAUUGUUGACACUAAUCUGCCAUCAUCACUGAUAUUAACUACAAUAGAAUCAACUGGAAAUAAAGCAGUCCUAAAAGGUUAUGGAAGUAGUAGCCAUUUUAACAUUGGUGCUGCUGUUGCUAUGUUGGGCGGAACGACUGGGCAUAGUGUUUCAGACAUUAAAGGUGUUGUGCGGUUUGUGCAAUUAAAUGAAAAACAGUGCAUAGUCGACGGUACAAUUGAUGGAUUGUCACCUGGAAAACAUGGUAUACAUGUAUAUGAAUGUGGAGAUUUAUCUAAUGGAUGCGAUAGCAUUGGUAAUCACCUUAAUUUAAAACAGACACUUCACGGUGAUCGAACUAAUGAUGAAAAUCAUAGGCACACGGGAGAUCUUGGUAACAUUAUUGCGGAUGAAAAAGGCAGAGCAAAUUUUUAUUUUAAAGAUGAUGUAUUGAAUGUUUCAAAUUUAAUUGGCCGUUCUGUUGCUGUUACUGAAAAUGAAGACGAUUGUGGCAAAACUGAAAACAGUAGAUCUCAAGUUGAUGGCAAUUGCGGGAAAAAGCUAGCAUGUGGAAUAAUAGCCAGGUCUUCGGGUUUAUUUGAAAAUAAUAAAAAAAUUUGUGCUUGUGAUGGUGUUACAUUAUGGGAAGAAAGAGAUGUUCCAUUAGCUGGUCCUGGCAGGCAAAGAAAUAAAAACAAUUGAAUAAUUAUACAUUUAUGUGAUUAAAAUUGUUUAUAAUUGUAUAUUAAAAAACAAAAUUAGUUCAAAACUGGUAAGCGCAAAGGUAUUUCAAGUGAUAAAAAUAAAGAUAUACUACACUGACUUAAUAAAACAUUGUCUCAAUUGUUAUAUGAUAUUCAAAAGAGAUUAACCGUUAAAUAUAACUGUUUGUUUAAUAAAACAAACAAAAUAUAGCUAAUGUACAUUUUUAGCCAUAGAACAGAGGUCAUUUGAUGGUGAAUUUAAAGGAUUAUUAGUUGUUGUAUUCAUAGCAUCACUAACAAGCUGUUGUAUAUUGCUUGGCAAUGUGCUUACAUCAUUUGGAAACUGGUCUAAAUUCAAAUCUGAAAUGUGAAAGCUAGAUUAAUAAAGUCAUACUACUAUGAAUAACACUUAGUUAAUUAAUAGAAAUUGGGUAAAAAUAAAGUUGAUAAGUGGUAAUCAAAUCACUUCUUGGUUUCGGUUGGAAGCUAUGAAAUAAAUAUUCGGGCUCAACUUUGACAAAUAUUAAUAUGUUUUUUUUUGUUCUGACUUUUUCAGAA